AUGGCUACUACGCUGACAACUGCCACCAAGGUCGCGGUCUCCAACGGGACAGACCAUCACCCAGUACAAUUGCCCCCUUACUCGCCGCCCCACGACCAAGGCAAGCCUCAGUUGCCCGAAAAGACUAAAGGCAAGUCUGGAAGGCAAGCUCAGGCAGUGGGAGAUUUUGAAUGGGGCCCAUGGACUAUACAAGAUGUUCUCAUACCACCUAACGCCGGUCGCGGCAUGGUGAAGAAGUAUCACCAGCGCCGAACACUAUAUCAGUAUACAGCAAUGUCGAUUUUCGGCCUGUGGAUAUUCAACAAUGUCUCGAAUCCCGCCUACCGAGCCGCUGCGUUAUGUCUACUGUUCCCCGGAGCAGGCUUCACUGCCAUCCCGUCGCUAAUAUCCUACGCGGCUUUUCUCGUCACCGUAAUCCUAAUACCGGUGUCGCUUGCCGUAUGGUUCAUGAUGGGUGGCAUAGUCUUUCCAUUUGCGUUGUGGUUCGGCUCUGCCGCUGCUGCAGGAUACCUUGCUGCCGAUCAACGAAUCCUGGACAAAGCUGGGCCGGUCUGGGUCGUGCUUUGCUUUGCAAGCCUGGCAUGGGUCAUGAACUAUGCAAGUCGCCUCAAUGCGGCCGGCUUCACCAAGGCACAGGAGCGAAAUAAGUAUCUGAUCUCGGCCGUGGCGGAGCAGAUGGCAGAUGCGGUGCCCGCGCCGGUCCCCGGAUCGCGUGAGGUGGAUCUUGAGACAUUGCGCCAUGUCCAGUGGACUCUCGAGCGAGGUCUUUCUGCUAAGGAUGACUUCAGCUACCAUGACAUCAUUGAGCAGUUUCAACCGUCUGCUAUUCGAUACCAGCUGAAUAGUGUUGUGGAUGCGCUUUCCAUCUACCAGUGCCACUACACCCCUGGAUUCCAUGGGUAUCUGUCAAAGGCAUCACAAAAUUGCAUUGAGAAGGGCCUCCAGAAGAGAGUUAUGAAGUACUGGAAGUGGGAGUCUAUUUUUGGCAAACUUAAGUUCAGCGACUGGGAUCCGAUUAAGAAGGAUAACAUCAUGGUCACUGGUUAUCUCGCCAGUGCGAUGGGACUUUACGAGCAAUCGACUGGAGACCGACGUUAUCACAAGAAGAAUUGCCUUGAAUUUGUGAUCGACGACGGCAAACACUACAAAACGGAUUUUGAGGGCCUAGCCGACGCACUGAACACUAAUAUGACAGACAACCCUUACUGUCUUUAUCCCUGUGAACCAAAUUGGACCUAUUCUCUUUGCAACCUUAUCGGAAUGGCUGGUUUGACAAUUUCAGACCGCAUUCUUGGCCGUGACCUUAGUCUGAAAUUGCGGAAUCGCUUCGAGCGAUGUUUGGAGGAGGAAUUCACCGAGUGCGAUGGGCGCAUCCUACCCCUGCGCAGCGAGUUCACUGGCCUGACGAUACCUAACAUAUGUGGCGUUUCAACCGAUUGUAUCAAUACAAUGCUUCUGACGGCCUAUCUUCCACACCUGGCCCAUCGGAAUUGGGCAAUGAUCCGCAAAGAGAACAUUGCCUACAAUGAAGAAAGCGAGCUCCAGGUGCUCAACCUAAAAGGCGCAGACCUGAUGGACCCUUGCAACUAUAAAUCCGGAAAGGGCGCAGUGCGGGUCUUCCUGGCAGGCGCCGCUGGUGAAUUUGGUGAUGAGAAGAUCCGCAAGGAGGCAAUUGACCAGGUUGACACGAAGUUCUACCCGGUGGAGAAGACUCCAAACGGUGCAUUACGCAACGUUGGCCUGUCGGCUUCGCUGCAAUCUAUUCUCUUGAUGGCUCGGCUGAUCCGGCACAGAGACCUGGCGAAUGCUACCCUCCAUGGUCCGGCCGACAACGCACUUCAGGGCCCAAUCCUGGAGGAAGCCCCAUUCCCUGACGUCCUGGUGGCGAAGGCAUACAGUGAAGAUGGCAAACAACUUGACCUUGUUUUGUACAAUGGCAAAGAGCCCGGAGUCUUUAAGCUGGGAUUCGAGAGACUGAUACCGGGGCAGGCGUACUCCCUCAGCACGGGAGAUUCUGUCACUGUGGAUGAUGAAGGAAAGGCAAGCGUGAAGGUCAGGGUGGAUGGCCGGACCCAGAUUUUGUUGAAGCCGGCUGCGUGA